CGCCAUCUGGCGACACUCCGUCCGUACAUAAAGACGUCACGUGAUAAGGCUUUAUCGCUAGGCAACGUGAUCGAGUUUUGGAGCUUAAUCAAAGGAUCAUCGAACCAGGGAAUUAUUUACUUCCUCGUCAUGGGUAGAUAUAACGUCAAGAUGGGAAUAAUUGGAGGCUCCGGUCUGGACGACCCGGCCAACCAAAUCAUGAAAAGUCGGUCGAAAGUAAAGCGAGAGGACGCCAAGAACGAGUUUGGUCUGCCAACGAGCGAUCUCUACCAAGGAACCAUCUCUGGCGUGGAUGUAGUACUAUUAUCUAGGCAUGGAGUAGGUCAUAAAAUAGGCCCCAGUGAGGUGAAUUAUCGCGCAAAUAUGGAGGCAUUACGUGUGCUGGGGUGCACGCAUGUGUUGGCAUCCACAGCUUGUGGGUCCUUGGUCGAAACCAUCGACCGGGGACAAUUGGUCGUUCCGGAUAGUUUUUUGGACAGAACUGUGAAAAGAGCCGGCACUUUCUACGACGGUACUUCGAAGAAAUAUGCAGGUGUGUGUCACUUACCAAUGGAGCCGGCAUUCGACCCGAAGACUUCUCAGGUGUUGGUGAGGGCUGCGAAAGAAUUAGGGUUAUCCAUCAAAAACGGAGGGACGGUAGUCACGAUCGAAGGGCCACGUUUCUCGUCAAAAGCUGAGAGUAACGCGCUCCGGUUAUGGGGAGGUCAUUUGGUGAACAUGACGACGUGUCCUGAGGUAUUCCUGGCAAAAGAAGCUGGACUUCUUUACGCCGCGGUUGCGAUGGCGACGGACUACGAUUGCUGGAGGGAUUGCGAUGAAAAAGUCCACGCCGCGGAUGUGAUCGCAAUAUUUAAACAAAAUGUCAGCAAAGUUACAGACCUCCUCAUCAAGGCCAUAGAGUUGGUUGGGGAAGAAAAUUGGGAGCAAGAUAUCGACGAUCUUAAGACUUUGGUGGCCACCAGCAACGUGUCGGCGAAAGAUUGAGUGCUGUCAACAUAAAAUAACGGAAUUACUUUAACGCAACAAUCCUUGUGAAGCUAAUAAACGUCAAUGUCAGUGCCAA